GCGAUUGCCUCUAUAAAUAAUCAGGAAGGUGGUUAUCAUAAUUCAAACAAAAACACCAAUAACAUUUCUCUCUUCUGCUCCUCUGCCCAAAACUCUUUCUUCAAGCCAUCUCUGUAAGAAAAUCACUGCAGAAAACUAGCAAUGAAGCAAAAAGUGGUGAUCAGGGUUUCCAUGAAUGGCCAAAAGUCCCGCUCAAAAGCUCUAAAGAUUGCAGUAAGCGUUUCAGGUGUAGAAUCAGCAAGCUUAGGAGGGCAAGACAAGAGCCAAAUAGAGGUAGUAGGAGAUGGAGUUGAUGCAGUAGAACUUGCAACAAUGCUAAGGAAGAACGUAGGGCAUGCAGAGCUUGUAAGCGUAAGCGCAGUAGGAGAGAAGAAAGAAGAGAAGAAAGAAGAGAAAAAAGAUGACCCAAAAGUUCAACACAUGGUUUGGCCUUACUAUGGAGGUGGUGUGCCAAGCUACGGUUACGAAGUUAAGGGUUGCAACCAGUACCCUGAUCCUUACACCUGCUCCAUCAUGUGAAUCCAGGAACAGAGCAAACAGAGGCACACACAGGACUCAAAUUGGUUUAAUUAGUACACCCAAUUCUGCAGGCACCAGAUUGUGCGGAAGACGUUCCUGAUUGGGAAGAUUUAGAGGGAGGGGAGAAGUGCUUUUCUUACAUUAUGGGAAUUGGCAUUAGGAAUUGAUUCAUCUUGUUCAUUUGAAAUUUAAAUUAGUUGUGUAUGAGUUCUUGGAUUUUGUUAGUCUGUUUUAAUAAUAUUAUAAUGCUUAUUGUGAGCAACUGCUGUGGAUUUACACGGUGACAGGUUGAAUUGUCAAGAGAAAUACUCAUAAUUUUUUUUUAUUUACAAUAGAUGUUCUUUCUAUCAUUAAAUAAUAUUAUUUUUUUUA